AUGUUCUCUCUAUCCCGGAUACUAUUGCCACGACCGAAGCACUUUCUCGGCUUCUUGGAUCUCAAGGUUGGCGCAGAACUUAUCUUAUUAUGCUCGUUAUUCAACAAAGCUUCCGGCUUUUAUGGCUUAUUAGCUAUCUUCACAGGAGCUGAGAUAUCUGCGCUUCAGGUAUCGAUGUAUUUCUACUCUGUUCUCGCCGUGUUCUUCAUUGCAUGGGUCCAACCUCACAUCCGGAAAAGGACUCCGUUCCCAAACAUCACCUUCGGCUAUUGGUACCUAAUCGACUCCAUCAUCAAUGCCACGUAUACCACCAUAUUCGCUAUCACAUGGUUUAUGGUCAUCUCGGAACCUCGGAGGUCCGCCUUCACCGAUGCUUCUACCGCCCCGGGCGUUGGUGACUCGGGCAAGAUGAUUGAAGACAUUUCCGGGCUUUCUGGUGGCCCUUUCAACCCUGUUGGAGGAGCCGAUGGAACCGACGCUGCCGCACCUUCCUAUAUCGAAACGAUUUCCGGCGCCACUGCAUUUGACGCAUUUGCCAACGGUCUUAACCAGCCAGAGUCUAUGACUAGUAUGGCUAUCAUCGCUGGAUUAUGGGUCGUUCGCGCUUAUUUCUGCCUUGUUGUUCUUGCCUAUGCCCGACAAGUUGUCCGAGAUUCCGCUACCCCUUCGAAUCCCCCAUUUACUGGCAGAAAUGGCGAAGGUAUCCAGGGUACCAUCGGGAGGAUGUUGAUCAAUGUGAAUAGGAGGUAUUGGGAAGGGCCAAUCGGAUGGUCGACGAGACAGCCCCAGCCCCAGCCAACUCCCACCCGAAAGUUCAGGAAGAGCCUUGACCAGAACAGGAAGAAGAGCGAUACUAUUGCUGUCUAA